CUGCAGCCGCCAUGUCCGACUCACUCGCCAUCGCCGCGCCCGCCGACUUCCAUGUCCACCUGCGCCAGGGCGAGUUUGCUGCCUUCCUUGCCCCCCAUGUCCGCAAAGGAGGCUUCAGGCUCGCUUAUGUCAUGCCUAACCUCAGACCACCCAUCUCCAACACCGAGGAGGCUCUCCUCUACAGGGCGCAGCUGCAGGCCGCAGACCCUACUAUUGACUACUUGAUGACUCUGUACCUCUCUCCAGAGCUCACGCCUGAUGAGAUCCGGAAAGCAAAACGCGCAGCGUAGUUGGUCCGUAGUUCCGCUUUCCGCCCUCGCGCUCACAGGUCGGACCGUGUGCUCAGGUGUCAAGUCCUACCCUCGCGGCGUGACAACCAACUCUGAUGGUGGCAUUGAGUCGUAUGAGGCUACUACCCCGUGUUUGAGGCGAUGGAGCAGGAGGACAUGGUCCUCAACCUCCAUGGCGAGGUCCCGUCGGACGCGUCCACCAACAUCUGCGUCCUGAAUGCCGAGCCUGCCUUCUUGCCUCACCUUCGGAAGUUGCACGCACGCUUUCCCCGCCUGCGCAUCGUUCUCGAGCACGCGACAACACGCGCUGCUGUCGAAUGUGUCAAGAGCCUGGGCGACACUGUUGCUUGCACCGUCACCGCGCACCACCUCGCGCUGACUGUCGAUGAUUGGGCCGGUCAGUCGUGGCACUUCUGCAAGCCCGUUGCGAAAUACCCCGACGAUAGGCAGGCGCUCCAGGACGUUAUCAAAGAAGGGCAUCCCCGUUUCUUCCUAGGUUCUGAUUCGGCACCACAUCCCCCGCACACAAAAUCCACGGCCUCACCUCUGCACGCGUGUGCAGCGGGCGUAUACACCUCAGCCAUCCUUCUCCCCCUUGUUGCCCAUCUUCUCGACUCGUUUGGCGCGCUCGGCCGCCUCGAGGGAUUUGUGAGCACCUAUGGGCGGGCUUUCUACCGCGUGCCCGUCUCCCAGAGUGAGGGCAAGGUGGUCAUUAGGCGCGUGUUCGGUAGGUUGGUUGAAGAGCAGCUAGUACAAGGCAAGCAGAGCGUCGUGCCCUUCUGGGCAGGGAAACCGAUCGGAUGGGAAAUUGUCGAGUCGUGAAACGCACUGAACUAACGGAAGAUCACGGCACCCGUGUAUCA